AUGGAACCCAGCCAGUCUGCGUUCGCGGAUGCUGUCGCUCGAGCAAGACAGAUUGCUGCCAAAAUAAAUCAACCUGCUGGGGAUGGACAAGGAAUAAAAAGACCCUAUGAAGAUGGACCAGGAUUUGGUGAGCCUGAUGUGAAGAAGACUCCUGCUGCAAUAAAUGAUCCCAUUGGAGCCCAACUACGUGCUAUGGCUGAGCAACAAAGGUCAAAUCAAGCUACACAGGCAGCACAAGCAGCUCAAGAAGCCGCUGCACGCCCUCAAUCAACAGUUGGCCCUGGACCCCAUUCAACUAUGGAGAUGGUCUCCUCAGAAUACAAAGUGCCUGACAAACUUGUUGGUUUGAUUAUAGGAAAAGGUGGUGAACAGAUAUCGAGGUUACAAGCAGAAACGGGUUGUAAAAUUCAAAUAGCACCAGAUAGUGGAGGACUGCCAGAUCGUGUCUGUUCUUUAAUGGGUGCACCAGCUGCAAUAAGUGCCUGUAAACAACAAAUGCAAAAAAUAGUAGACAAAGCUCAAAGUGCAACUUUACCCUUGGACCAAACUCCUGUUCCAGAAGGCCAAAAUGUGAUUGAAAUGUUGAUUCCUGGCAAUAAAGUUGGUCUAAUCAUUGGUAAAGGAGGUGAAACAAUACGCCAGUUGCAGGAUCAAGCAAAUGUUAAAAUGGUUAUGAUUCAAGAUAGCAACCUCCCGAGUGCUCAUGAUAAGCCUUUACGUAUCACAGGAGAAACAUCCCGUUGUGCUAGGGCCAGGGAUAUGGUAAUGCAAUUAUUAGCAGAUAAAGAUGGCACAGUGACUAAUGAAUAUGGGUCAUCCGUUGGGACUGGUAAUAAUAGUGGUGGUAUGAGGAGUUCUCCCUCAGGUGGUGGCAUGGAUUUUCCAGUUCCUCGGCCUGCUGUCGGUAUUGUAAUUGGUAAAGGUGGAGAGACCAUUAAGAAAGUACAAAAUGAAACUGGAGUUCGGUUACAGUUCAAGCCAGAUGAUGGUACAUCACCUGAACGUCUACUUUCUAUAAUGGGUCUUCCAGAUAAAGUACAACAAGCUGCUAGCAUGAUCAGUGAAAUUUUGGGUAAUGCUAACCAAGGAGGAAUGGGCAGAGGUUUUCCUAUGGGCCGUGGUAGAGGGCGUGGGCGAGGUGGUGGUCCUUUCAACAUGUCAGGUCCUCCUGGCCCAAAUGGUCCUGGAGGCAGAGGAAUGGGACGGGGCUUUGAUCCAAACUUUCAAGAUGAGACUACAUAUGCUGUACCAGCUGAUAAAUGUGGUUUAGUUAUUGGCAAAGGUGGUGAAACUAUUAGGGAAAUCAUUCGUCAAUCAGGUGCACAUGUAGAACUCCAACGUCAGCCUCCUCCUAAUCCAAAUGAGAAAAUAUUUAAUGUUAGAGCAACCUCCUCCCCUGGCCCUAAUGGUCCAGCAGGACCUGGUGCUCCAGGUGCACCUGGAGCUCCACCUGCUCCUGGAGGCCCUGGUCCCCAUGCACCUGGAGCUCCAUCUGGCCCUAAUGCUCCUGGUGUGCCUCCAGCUGGUGCUGGAUAUGACCAAUAUGGUCAGUAUACUCAACCAAGUCAACAACCACCUGCUGGUCAGCAAGCAUAUGGAGGCCAAGCUUGGGGUGCAGCAUACCAACAAGGUUACCCACAACAACAGCAACAAGCUGACCCAAAUAAACAAGCCCAGGAUGCCAAUGCAGCUGCAUGGGCUGCUUAUUAUGCUCAGUAUUAUGCCCAAUAUGGUCAGUAUGGUCAGUACCAAGCUCAGCAGGGUGCUCAAGCAGCUCCUCAGCAACCAGGUCAGCCAGCAGGUCCUGGAGCUCCUCAGCAGCCACAGUUACAGCAACCUCAACAGCAGCAGCCACCUCAACAACAGCCACAGCAGCAGCAGCCUCAGCAGCAGGUGGCACCACAACAAGCACAGCAACAAGCAACCCAGCAACCACAACAACAGCAACAGCCUGCCAUCAAUCCACAAACUGGGCAACCAGAUUACAGUGCUGCCUGGGCUGAAUAUUACAGGCAACAAGGAAUGCACUAUCAUGCUAACAUGAUAUUGCAACAAGCAGCACAGCAGCAAGGACAAGUAGCCAACCAAGCCCCUGGUACUCAACAACCCCAGCCUCAGUGA